AUGAAUUCUGAUAACGACCAGAUGCUCGACAGCGCUUGUCUGACCAGCGAAAAGAACAAGGCCAGUGUCGCAGGCACUACAAGCAGCGCCUUCAGUGCCAACAAUGGAGAGAGGGCUUAUGUCUCUGAGGCAGCUUUGACCCCACCUGAAGCCCACGCUAACACUGCGUCAGUCGUCCCCACUGUUGCCAGCAGUGGUGAUCAGGGCUACUUUGACAUGCCAAUUGCUGAUCAAGGCGGCGCUGCCACUCCCUCGUCCAUUGCCGCCUCUGAGGCGCCUUCAGAGACCGGUGCACCCGUGCUGCUGGAGCUGCCCACAGAUCGUCCGCGCUUUGGCAAGCAGCCGGUUGCUGACGCUCACCACCGCUUCCGAAUCGACAAAACACUGAAGCGCGCUCUCAAGAACCUGAGCGACAACAGUAUCGUGAACCUACCGACAACCCUGUUGGCUGCAUGGGCCCUGGUGAUGUCGCGCCUCACCAACCAAGACGACAUCCUCAUUGCCAUCCCUGGCGACAACACUGACAGCGCCCUGCCGCUGCUCAUCCAGGUCUCUGGAGACGUGAGCACUGUCGACAUGCUCGAACGCGUUCGCAAGGCUCCCCUUGAUGCACGUGCACACCAGGAUAUCCCCCUCCAGACGAUCAUCGACAUCAUGCAGCCACAGCGUGCCUACGGCCAUGCACAGUCGUUCCAGCUGUUAUUCCGCUGGCAUGAUGGAGAUCUCUGGCAGGCCCCAGCCGAGACUCACUCUCCUCAACCCGAACUCGGACUCCGUUUGCAGGAAGAGGGCGACGAGAUUGCUGGAGAGCUGCACUACUCUGCGUUGCUUUACGACGCCGAGACAGUUGAAAGACAUGCCGGCUACCUGGUCACCAUCCUCCAGGCAAUGACAGCCAGGCCCACCGAGCCUGUUGCUGCAAUCGACAUUCUCUCGCAGGCCGAGCGGACACUCCUGCUCGACACGUGGAACAGCUCGACCGCCAUAUACCCCGAUCAGCAGUGUGUCCACCACCUGUUUGAGAGCCAGGCCGCCCACACUCCCGACGCUAUCGCUGUUGUCUUUGAGGACCAGCCAUGA